AUGGGAGUGGCCUCAGCAAUCUUCCUGGUCAUUGUGACCAUUUUCUGUCCUCCGAUCGCCGUGUUUGCCAUCGCCGGCUGUGGGGCAGACCUCCUAAUCAACAUCUGCCUGACCUUAUUGGGUUAUAUCCCCGGUCACGUCCAUGCCUUUUACCUCGAAUAUGUCUACUACGACCGACGGGAGCGGUUGAGACAAGGCUCCAUCGUCACCGACCGCGCUCCCGGCGUCUACAGCAGUAAUGUGCAGAAUGGCGGGAACCCACACGGAUAUGGUACCAUUGUGCAGCCGAACGCUUCGUAG